GCAGCCUCAAGCCCUAGCUGCCCAACACAUCGUCACUAUGAGGAAAUGAAUCUGGGUUACUGCACCCUCCAAUCUGUUGAUCUGUUUUGGGUUGGUAUCCAUCACCAUUUUCAACACUUUUUGGUGAAAACUCUACUGCAAUUUUGGAUCCUACAAGCGGAUUGAACUAGCAGCCCGACCUAUUGUCACUAUUUCGACCUUAAUUUCCUUUGUAGAUGUCAAAUUAAGGUAAUGAGACUUGAGACAUGGAAAACCAAGAUGAGUGAUGAGCUAGAAGGCUAGUUAUAUUUUUCUUGGUCUUAUAGAUCGUUUUGGAGUUAUGUCGCUAGUCACAUAUACUUUGAUAUAGAUGUUGGAUAAUAGAUCAUUCUUUUGUAUACUAAAGUUCCCUUGGAUAUAGCCAUGAAUGUAUUGAUAAAAUAAUAUAACUUUUGUCCACUU